GCGACGCGAGUUUGAAUUUAACAACCCUAAUCCCAUUUUCACAAAUCCACUCACUCAGUUCCCUCUCCCGUCUCCGCCCACGGCCGUCGUGCUCUUCCGUUUGCCCAUCCCGGCGCUUGUCCUUCUCGUAGUCGUUGCCCGGCUUCUCAUUAGUCUGAGAGGGAGAGGCAGAGCACCAUCGUCUCUGCGGCUUCCUCCUCGGCAUUUACCCCCCCUCUUGCGUUCGCACCACUAUCACUCCGAGUUCUCUCGUUCACUUGACCAUCGCCCAGACCUCAGAUUAUUCAUUGGAGGAGAAGCUGAUGGCUAAUUCUCGAGGGCUUGAUUUCCUGUUCUGUCACUUGUGUGGGACAAUGCUGAAAGUUCCUUCUACUAAGUAUGCAAAAUGCCCAUUGUGCGAAACUAAGCGAGACAUUAAUGAUAUAAAAGGAAAAGAAAUAAGUUACACAAUUUCUGCUGAGGAUAUCAGAAAGGAGCUUGGAAUUAUUAUAAUGGAAGAGCAGAAGGUGCAAUUAUCAAAGGUGAACAAGAAAUGUGAGAAAUGUGGUCAUGGGGAAGCUAACUUUUAUACCAGACAGAUGCGAUCAGCGGAUGAAGGGCAAACUACUUUCUACACCUGCACUCGUUGUGGCCAUCAGUUUCAGGAGAAUUAAGUCGAUAUCAAUGUGUACGAAUGGAUUGGUCACCCCACCUUGAUUUUGUAAAAAUUCUUUACCUGAAAAUGGUUUGCUUUGUGCAAAAUGAGCAGAUUGGUACGGCGUCAGUGACAUGUUAAGAAUACUAGGAGAGAUGCGGUUCAAAAGAUUUUCCUGGGAAGAUAUACCGACAAAGCAAAGUUUUAAAUGGCUUCAGGGAAAUCCGUGUCCGUGCAUACAAGUGAGGCGAGAAUUCAUCCUACUGAUUUUUUACCAUUUGUGCCAUGUCAUAUUCACAUAGGUAGCAAGAAUGCACGGCGGGAUAAUUUCAUCAGAGUCAUAAGUUACAUAAUUGUUUUUUUGGCGUAAGAAUUAGCUUAACUCACAGGAUUGCAUUGUAUCAAUAUUAGAAGUUUUUUAGUCUGUCAAAAUAUUAGUAGUUUUAAAUUCAAAUUAAUUAGCUAUCUUAUUGAUCAUAUAUUUAUUAUUGAGAGUAAAUCUGCCAUGCUUCUCA